UCAAAGCGCUUGGAGAACUAUGACAAGGGUGGCUACAUAGUGUGGGAGCACUCAUAUGGAAAAUUCUUCAGAAUCCUUCAGAUUCCUCAAGGAAUCAAGGCUGAGGGUGUCCAUGCAAUGAUGGAGAAUGGAAUGCUUACUGUGAGCUUCCCAAUGGCUGGACCCGACCAGCAACCCCAGUGUGUUCCAAUCACG